CUCAGGUUGAGAAGGUUGUUGUGACAUGUCACAGGAUUCGUUUGAUCAGAAGAAGGCUUGGAUUUUACAGGAUAUCGCACACACUCUUUCAGGAGCCAAGGAUGCAUCGCCAAAGGGCUCCAUAGAUGAGCUGUGCCUUCCAAUAAUGGACACGAUCAAUGCUCAUGACGAUAUGGUCACAACAUCGUCGUGUUCAGGUAGAGUUAGUGUUUUCUUAGAAGGACACAAGCUGAAGGAGGAUCAUGUCAAAGUUGGCGCCAAGGGUGAUGGUGGCCGUUGGCUAUAUGUUACUCACGACAAGGACACAUUGAACGGUUGGUACAGACAGCCGAUAUUCCACUACAAUCAUGUUGAUGCUAGUACCCUUGACGAAAAAGUGAGGUAUGUUUUGUUCAAAUUCGAACCUUUGAUUUUGCACGUCAAAUGCCGUGAUUUUGACACCGCUAGUGCGUUGUAUACCACUGCGAUGAACUGUGGCUUCAGAGAGAGUGGCAUUAACGUACACAACAUUGUCGCGAUAAAGAUCUCGAUGAAGUUAGACAUCCCAAUUGGUUAUCUCGACGAAGCGACCGAUAAAGUCGUGCUGUUUGUUGAUGAGAACUACCUGGAAAUUGUGACACAAGGCUCCCUGACAAGAUUUAGAGAAAACGAGCGUAAACUGUUACAGUUACACGAUGCAAUUACAGCACUGGUCCAGUCCAGCUCCAACAAACAGUCGAAAGACCGUGAAACGUUUGAAGAGAGAAGGGAGAGAAAGAAGAGAGAAGGGCUGGAAAGACAGAAACAGAUACAAGUAGAAAGAGUUGUCGAGGAGAUGAGAGAAGCAAUAGAAGAGGACAUACUGGAGGAUCUAAACCAGUUCUAGAGACACAGUCUAAUCAUCAAACACCAGCUGUGCACCUCUGGUAUUGUGUGGCCACAGCCCUUGACACGCUCCUGAAACAUUACAAUAUAACUUUCAACUUAUUAGAUGCGGUGUUUGUUAACCGGCUAAAU